AAGCAAGGACCGAGGGUUUAUUCAUUACAAAAUCAUUGUACCCGAUUAGAGAUUUCGGUUUUGCUUAACAGUCGGCCAAGCGUUGAAUGUUCUUAUAUAUUUAACGAAUAGUAGUGACGAAGACCGUAUUUGAUCUUGGAGCUUUAAGUGCAAAUGAUGGGGGCGAUGUCCUGGAUUCAUCUGCUGGUAACUAUCGCUUGUGUAGCGUGGUCAUGCUACGCUAGCGAAUGUCCAAUGAACGAAAAGGAAUGUGUGUUUUACUUUGAAGUGGACGCAAGACUGACAAUGAUGGACAAGAAAACACUAGUAUUUCCUGCAAAUGGCAACAUCUACAAAUAUGACGUCACAAAUACGUCAAGUGCUCAACCUGUAUCAACUGAUAACGUCAUAACAACUGAUGGAUGGGAAGAACCAAGACUUGUGACGGUUGUUAACGGGCAGUUUCCUGGGCCAGAUAUAGUAGUGUACGAGGGUCAAACUAUAAUUGUGCACGUGAAAAACAUGCUCACUAGCAACGCAGUGACCAUACAUUGGCAUGGUUUACACCAAAGAGACACACCUUGGAUGGAUGGAGUUCCUUACGUCACACAGUGUCCGAUACACCCACACCAAACAUUUGUUUACAAGUUCAAAGCAAAGCCAAGGGGGACAUUUUGGUGGCACUCUCACAUGGGAGCGCAGCGAUCAAUGGGAGUUAGUGGAGCUUUCAUUAUCAAAGACAGACAUGAGACUACUGUAGAAGAUAGGAUUAUGCAAAUUGCAGAUUGGAAUCACGACUGGGACUCAGAUACAGGUCAUAUGAAAAUGUUGUAUGGAGUAUAUGAAGGAAGAGAGAAAUGGGGCGGUACACAGUCACUUGAUGGUAGUUUCUUCAGUUUCUUCAAAGUUCAGUCAGGCCUUAUCAAUGGAAAGGGGCGGUAUUACAACCCUGAGACUGGGAAACACAACCAAGCUCCUCUAACUGUUUUCAGCGUGACCCAGGGAAAGAAAUACCGAUUCAGAGUAAUUGGAGUUGGCUCUUUGUAUCCUUUUCGAAUCUCUGUUGACAACCACGUUAUGACAGUGAUAGCAUCAGAUGGCUACGAUCUGGAGCCAGUUGAAGCAGAAUCCUUUGUCAUAAAUCCUGGUGAACGGUUUGACUUUGAAAUAACAGCUAAUAAUGACGUUGGAAAUUACUGGAUAAGGGGUGAAACUCUGCAAAAAGACACUCCUCAUUUUGCAGAUGCUAUACUACGAUAUGUCGGCGCACCUGCAGAAGAACCGACAACCACAAGGCAUAAUUGCACAUCAGACAGUCCAUGUCUCGUUUUAAACUGUCCGUUUACGUAUUAUCCAGCGCCGAAUACCGUUUGUAGAACGUUCGACGAAUUGAGAGCUAAAGUAACAGAUGACCCUGCCCCUUCUUAUAUGCCGGGGAAGUUCAAAGAAUAUUUUCUAAAUUUUGCAUUUCCGGGAAUCACAUCCUAUCCUGGCUCGGUAAAUGGUAAAACAUUCGACACCCCAGAUGUCAACCCCCUUCUACAGCCCAAAGAGUGGUACUCCCCAUGUAAAUCACCAGAAUGUGGAGACGAUAGGCAUUGCAAAUGCACACAUGCUCUUCAAAUCGGAAAUGGUGACACAGUUCAAAUGACUUUUAUGAAUAUGGGAAUCGGCAAAGGAUGGUCCCAUCCGAUUCAUAUGCAUGGUCACUCGUUCUAUGUUGUUAAAAUGGGAUAUGGUCAAUACAACGCAACGUCUGCAAAAAUUGAAGCAGAUAAUAUUGAUGUCGAUUGCAGAGGAGGUACUGAUCGCGAAAAAUCAUUUUGUAACGACGCAACAUGGAGUAAUGCAGCAUGGCUGAACGGUAAUGUGCCUGGUUUAGAAUUAGAUCGUCCGCCGCGCAAGGAUACAAUUAUAGUUCCGACUGGUGGCUACGUUGUAAUAAGGAUAAGGGCAGAUAAUCCGGGUCUAUGGAACAUGCAUUGUCAUAUAGAACUGCAUAAUCUAGACGGAAUGCAGAUGUUGCUGAAUGAAUCAUUCAAUGAUUUACCGACACCGCCUCGAGGCUUCCCAGAAUGCCAUUCUUUCCCACCGAGCGACUAUCGAUUAGUUAAUAAAGAUGAGCCGACCAAUAAUAAGACCAUGAUGGAGCCGGAGUCAGCCGAGAACCAGUACAUGACAGAAUCGCGUUACAACGUCCUGUUGGGUUUGUUGAUCGCCGUGGUUUCCUUACAAGUCUUGUUCGGACUCGGUAUUUGUUGUGCCAUAAACUCUAAAAAGAGCUCAUCUUCGUCCAAGUAUAACAUGGGACAACCAAACUCCGGAUUCGACGGAAAACUUUAGGACACAGCAAAACGCUGCAGACUUAAAGCAGCAUGCCUCUAGAUUCAUGAUAUUUUCUUGAAAAUUUUGAAAAUGUAUCUAAAAGUAUAAUAUCAUGAAGUAACCAAAAGGAAGCAAUUAACACAUUAUCAAUAGCACUUUUAACCGACGAAAAAUACCUCAAAAGAGGUUACAGUUUACAAAAUUUACCCUUACUGCGUGAUAACUCAGUAACGCAGUAGACAUAUUGUUAUUAAAACUGAAAAAUUAGUAAUUAAUCACACAAAACAUGUAAAUUAUUACUUGAAUCGUGAAGCUUUUUUACUUUUUCUAAAAUAUUAGUACAUUUUUCUCAAUUAUGAUUUUAUUGACAUACUUUGCCUCAUCUGGGGGCAUGCUGUAUCCCGGACAAAUAACAAAUGAUUGAUUUUUACUAAUCAUUCUCUAUUACACGCAUGAGUAUAAAAUCACAUUAUUUUCGACAGAUGUAUCUUUAAGUGACAUUGUGUAAAAUCUACACUGUUACACUGUAAUCUAGAAAUUUCAAAAGUGGGACAAUAAUGUCAAAUGUAUAAUAUUAAAUACAAAAACAAUAUUUAAGAGGAAUGCCGCACUCUUUUGAUAAAAAAAGACUGAAUGUUAUUGAUAAAUUUUGAAUGAUAUUUAUAGAAAUUUUCCUUGAUUUAUAUAGAUUAAUGAUCAUUCAUGCGUAUUAAUUUAUAGAUAUGAAAGCAAUUAUAGCUCAAACGUUAAGUUAUUUUGAAUUUUACUUGUUCACCCACCAUUUACAUUUUGAUGGGUUUAUAAUGUUAUUCAUUAUUAUCGAACUCUAUAUUUUGAUCUUUAUAAAAAAUAUAUAGUUACACGACUGAAUGAUUUUUGCUCACGAUAAAGGCAAAAUCUCUAAUCACCUAAAUGCACUUAUAUGUUUAAAAGGUAUAUUUGAUAUUGGGGUUGUAUGCAAGUUGAAAUAAUUUUAACGUUUUUUUUAUGAAUUUUUUUUUCUACGUACAUAUUUUACAAGUUUGCGGUCCCUGAACGUCAUUUUGCCGUGUAGAUCUUCCUGUUCAUAUUUUACAUACCAUUUAAAAAUUAUCCAUUAGAAUACCUGUUAAUUUUAUGUAUAUAGAAGUGAACACCACGGGUACUCUGUGAUACGCUUGUGCGUAAAAUUCUUUACCAGAUUUUAUUUGAUAAUUGAUAACAUCAUACGUGUUGUUGAUAUUAUAACUCACUGUGAUAAUUUCAUAAAAGUACAUGUACAAUUUUUGUAUCAAUUUUGAUUCAUACUGAUUCUUACAUCUGCCCAUUCUCACGUAUCUAUGUAAUAGAAAAGCUUUCAAAACUUUCAUUUGUUCUUGCAACUUCACGAACUCAUUUUGUUUACAUGUUUCUUUUUCAUGUUGUUUAAAUUGCUUAUUAAAGGCACACUAUGCCUCAGAAAUAAUUGGGUUUUUUAUUCUGCAGAAAAUCAAAUAUGUGUUUUAAAAUGUUAUAAUAAUGGACUUAGAAAAUAUGAGAUACUUAUCACUUGAAGAAAAUAGUACUGAAUGUAAAAAAUAAUUUGUCAUAAAGGUAGAAGAAUGUAGAUAAAGUAGUAUUUUGACUUCCAUACAAAAUACUAAAUCACUAUAACUGUACUCAUUGCUAAAACUCAAACAAAGUAAAAGAUGUCUCAGUUAUAUGGCUAGUGGGCUCAGAUAUAUGGCUAGUGGGCUCAGAUAUAUGGCUAGUGGGCUCAGUUAUAUGGCUAGUGGGCUCAGAUAUAUGGCUAGUGGGCUCAGUUAUAUGGCUAGUGGGCUCAGUUAUAUGGCUAGUGGGCUCAGAUAUAUGGCUAUAUGGCUAGUGGGCUCAGAUAUAUGGCUAGUGGGCUCAGAUAUAUGGCUAGUGGGCUCAGUUAUAUGGCUAGUGGGCUCAGUUAUAUGGCUAGUUGGUAACUUUUUUUGGAGACAAUAACAGGGCACUAAAAAUGAAAAGCUUAUGAAAAACAAAAACAUGAUAGCGUUUCUGAGGCUAAAUGGUGCGGAACUCUUUUUGAAUGUUUUGUGACGUUUCAAGUAUCAGUUCUUACUUUGAUGUAACUUGAAUUGCGCUAUAUACGUGUACUGGUUUGUUUUUAAAUGUAAAUAUGUAAAUUUUAUUUAGUAAUAAAUUGUGAAAACGAAAUUGUAUGUCAAUAUAUAAUAUUUUUAAAUAAAUGAGACAAUAAAUGUAUUGAAUUA